AGAGCGGCCGGCUGGGUAGAGCCUCCUCCUCUCAGUCCGCGGAGCGCCGGCAGUCACCUGGGCCUGUGAGGGCAGCCAGAUCGCGGCCGGGCCAGAGUGUUUGUACUAGGAGGUGGGAGAGGGGGCCCGGACGCAAGAAGCCCCGGAGCCGUCUCGGAGCGUGGUGGUCCCGCGCCUCUUCCCGGCAGAGGAUGCGGGAGCGCAUCUGGCCGCCGCCGCCGCCGCUGCUGCUGCUGCUGCUGCUGCUACCGCCUCCUCUGUGGUGCGGCCCCCCGGACAGCGGGCGCGGGGAGCCAGAGCCGGAGCGCGGGCCUCUGCAGCCCUUCGACCUCCUCUACGCCAGCGGUGUGGCUGCCUACUACAGCGGGGACUACGAGCAGGCGGUGCGCGACUUGGAAGCGGCGCUGAGCAGCCACCGGCGCCUGCGGCAGAUCCGCACGCGCUGCACCCGCCACUGCGCCGCGCGCCGCCCGCUCGCGCCCCCCGGGACCGGCCCCGGGGCUGAGCUGCCCUUCUUCCGCGCGCUGCUCGAACGGGCGCGCUGCUACCGUAGCUGCGAGACCCAGCGCCUCGGGGGACCUGUGUCCCGCCACCGGGUCAGCGAGGAUGUGCGGAGUGACUUCCAACGCAGAGUGCCCUACAACUACCUGCAACGGGCCUACGUCAAGCUUAACCAGCUGGACAAAGCAAUGGAAGCAGCUCACACAUUUUUCAUGGCCAACCCUGAACAUAUGGAAAUGCAGCAGGACAUUGAGAAUUACAGAAUGAUGGCUGGUGUUGAAGCGCUGCAGCUGACAGAUCGGGAAGCCAGACCACACCUGGAGAGCUACAGUGCAGCAGUUAAACAUUAUGAGAGUGAUGAGUUUGAGGUAGCCAUCAAAUAUUUUGAACAAGCCCUAAGAGAAUAUUUUAUUGAAGAUGCAGAGUGCCGGACGCUAUGUGAAGGGCCUCAGAGAUUUGAAGAAUAUGAGUAUUUAGGGUACAAAGCUGGUCUUUAUGAAGCCAUUGCAGAUCACUACAUGCAGGUACUGGUUUGUCAACAUGAAUGUGUGAGGGAACUCGCCACCCGUCCUGGGCGCCUCUCGCCGAUUGAGAACUUCCUUCCUCUGCAUUAUGAUUACCUGCAGUUUGCCUACUAUCGAGUUGGUGAGUAUGUGAAAGCCUUGGAAUGUGCCAAAGCCUACCUCCUGCUCCACCCGGGUGAUGAGGACGUCCUCGACAAUGUAGAGUACUAUGAGGGUCUGUUGGAUGAUGGCCUUGACCCAGGAUCCAUUGAGGCCAGAGAGGAUUUAGCAAUGUUUGUGAAACGUCAUAAACUUGAAUCUGAACUGAUAAAGUCAGCUGCAGAAGGUCUGGGGUUUUCAUACGCUGAACCGAAUUAUUGGAACAGAUACGGUGGGCGCCAGGAUGAGAAUCGAGUCCCUUCAGGAGUAAACAUGGAAGGUGCAGAAGUUCACGGGUUAUCAAUGGGAAAGAAGUCAUCACCCAAGAUACAGCGAGACUUAAGGGAAGGUGGCCCACUGCUUUACGAGAAUAUCACGUUCGUUUACAACUCGGAGCAACUGAACGGGACUCAGCGUGUUCUCCUGGAUAAUGUCCUGUCGGAGGAGCAGUGCCGGGAGCUGCACAGCGUGGCCAGUGGAAUCAUGCUUGUAGGUGAUGGAUACAGAGGAAAAACUUCACCGCAUACACCCAAUGAGAAGUUUGAAGGUGCAACCGUUCUGAAAGCACUCAAAUUUGGUUAUGAAGGCCGAGUCCCGCUGAAGAGUGCCCGUCUCUUUUAUGACAUCAGUGAGAAGGCUCGAAAAAUUGUAGAAUCCUAUUUCAUGCUGAAUUCAACCCUGUAUUUUUCCUAUACACACAUGGUCUGUCGUACAGCCCUAUCUGGUCAACAGGACAGAAGGAAUGACCUCAGCCAUCCCAUCCAUGCUGACAACUGCCUGCUGGAUCCUGAGGCCAACGAAUGCUGGAAAGAGCCUCCUGCUUAUACAUUCCGAGACUACAGCGCCCUCCUGUAUAUGAAUGAUGACUUUGAAGGAGGAGAGUUCAUAUUUACUGAGAUGGAUGCCAAAACCGUGACUGCUUCUAUAAAACCCAAAUGUGGACGCAUGGUCAGCUUUUCCUCUGGAGGAGAGAACCCGCACGGGGUGAAGGCAGUCACCAGGGGCCAGAGGUGUGCCGUGGCCCUGUGGUUUACCUUGGACCCACUUUACAGAGAACUGGAACGGAUACAGGCUGAUGAAGUGAUUGCAAUCCUGGAUCAAGAACAGCAAGGGAAGCACGAAUUGAAUAUCAACCCUAAAGAUGAGCUAUGAAAAGCAAAGAGAAAGUUCUAUCAAAUAUUUAUUUAAAUUGUUAAUCUUAUAAGAACCUUUUUAUUUUUGUACAGAAUCAUGGUAUAAAUUAAUAGAGUGAAUAUGAGUUGCCAUAUCUCCCUUCUGUUCUUCGGGAUGUUUGCUUUGCUUCAGUAAGUCAAUCUGUCCUGGCUUUUCUCUGCCCAAGCCCAGUCACCCCUCCCCAACACACACACACACACACACACACACACACACACACACACAUUAACUUGCUGCUGAUUUAAAGACACUCAUGCAGCGAAAAUAAGGUCAUUCUUGGAGCGACUGUAGCCCUUUGCUUACUCCCAGACUACUGUCAGCAUGUGACUCUGUCUCCAGGCCUUCUAGCCACUUUCUCAACCCCACCUCCAAGCCCCCAGCAUCAGCUGAGCGCUGGGCAUUCUGACUCCCUCAGAGUCCUCAUCGUUGUAGCUGUCGGAAGGGGACAGGUCACCCAGGCUUCAGGAAGGGGUCUCUCUGAUGGGGACGCCGUAGGACAGAGGAGUACCCCAUGCUUCCAAGGUCUUGGUCAAGGUCAUAAACUCUGGGCUUCCCACCAGGGAGUUCCCUUUGUACUGGAUCCUUUGGAGCACUCCCCACCCACCACUGUGGACUGGAAUAGACCUGCUCUGUGAGUUAUUUCUUUGGAUGGUCAAGUGAAGGUUGUAGUGGCAUGCUUUUUUAACCCCAGUGACUUUACAAUAAAAGCUUUAACCCCAUCAGGAUCAGGGCACCAUUUGAUAGGUUGUCAGAGUGGUGCCCCAUAAGGAACAAAGGUAUUGUGAAUUCAAGUAACAAAAAUGAAUUUCUGAUCCAUAUCUUCGUCUGCGUAUGUUUUGACAACCCUUUCUCAUUGCUGCUAUCCAGAACAUGGAUUUGUGCUUGUGUCUGAUGGGUUUAAUAAAAGGGAGGCUUGUUUUAAAA